CCACGGCAACCGGCUGCAAGCAGGUAACUCCGAGUUCCGGGCUGUGUUCCCGGAGCCUCGCCGCGCGCCGCACCUACACUCGCCUAGGCCAUGGUCGAGUCCUACGACGUCUAUGACUGCCUGAGCUCGGCGCUGCUCGGAAGGAGCUCACCUUACCCAUCUUCUCCCAAGGGUUUGGCCAGCCUGAGACUCUGGAGGGCAAUGACAGCACCAGUGUGGUCCCUGCCUUUGAUCCUGAGCCAGUCAUUGCCCACUGCUUCAAGCAGUUCAAGCAGGAGGACUUCCACCUGCUGAAGAGCCACCAGCGGGUCAUCAUCGUGCCUACCCAGCAGGGACAGGCGCCCAUGGAUCGUGAGCCCCAGCCCCCACCACCUGCCCCCAACCUCAGAGUCCUGGGUUCUGGGGACAUCCCCGGGCUGAGGGAGAACAGGGCAGCCUGGCUGCACCACAGGGUGAAGCUGCGGAAGGAGCUGGAGGCCCUGGGUGACGUGACUCGGUGGCUGGAGAACAAGCCCAGCAUCACCCCCUUGGAGGCCAAGGUCCUGAACAUGCUCCAUGAGGAGCGAAAGGCCCAGCUUACGGUCGAGGUGACCACCACCACAGUCGCCAAGAAAAGAGGCCCCCGACGAGUGGUGCCCCAGCUUUGGCUGCCCAAGCCACCAGCCUUGUCGGCCCUGUACACCUACCUGCGCCACCGCAAAAUUCAGGUGCUGGAGCUGUUUGCCAAGGGCCUGGGCACACAGCGGAGAGUCCCCCGGGAGGAAUUCCUCACCACACUGAGGACGGUUGGGGUACCCCUGAAGCAGCAGGAGAUGGAGGAUGUGGUGAUCUACCUGAGCUCCCUCGAGAACCACCAUGACAUCACUAUGGAGGCCCUGGCCAGCACCUACAAGCAGUGGUCUCUGGCCCAGCUGAGGAGCACGGUACCCACCGUGCACAAGUGCUCUGUCCCGGCCCAGGGCAUGUCAUCCCCACAUCCCUGUAGGAAGGACCUGCUCAUGGUGCCCGAGUUCCCUGUGCCCAUGGAGGCUCGGCCCCUGACGCUGGAGGAGAUGGAGGAUGUGGGCAGGCACUACCGUGAGCGCAAGCGGCAGCUCAAGCUCCCCAUCCCCUCUAUCGAGUACACGGAGAGCUGCCGCCUGGUGCACAGUGGGGACGAGCGCGUGGACCAGCACUGCCUGCCAUCCACGGUGGCUGGUGAGGGCCAGGAGCUUCUGGACACAGCCCGCAUGGACGGCUUCCUGCUCUACUUGCGCUGUGGGCAGCAGUGUGCGGCCUCGGGCCUGCCAGUGACCAAGGAGGUCCUCACCCGAGCACUGCUGUACCCGGGGGACAGGAUAGUCUUCCAGGACACCCAAGUGCGCCCCAUCCGGCAGCCCGGCGGCUUCUACUCUGACUCGAGGGCCCUGGCCCCGCAUCUGGCCACACACAGGACCAAGGGACCGAGGCUGGGUCCCCAGAAGAGCAACAAGAAGACACCCAAGGAUGGCAGGAAGAUGCCCUUUAAAGAAGCUCAGGAGGGUACCAGGAAGCUGAAGGCAAGGAGACUCAGGGGGCCCCAGCGCACCCACCCCAAUGUCUUCUGGCCAGGCCACCUACUGGACAAGAUGCGGCUGUGCCUGCCCACAGAGGCCACUGACCGGAGCCUGGCACUGUUCAGCUGCAUCCAGCACAAGCGCCACGCCUACCAAGCCAUCUACCACCCUGACCGCUGGUGGCCCCUGAGGGAGGAGAACUACAUGAGCCGCACCUAUUACAAUUCCCCCAAGGUGUAUGCCAUCAACUAGAGUGGCUGGUGUCACCAUGACACGGCGGGGUCUGGCCAUGCUAAAGACACUGCGUCCCUGUCCCGGAGGAAUGUCACUGUGGCUCGUCCAGCCUUGGGCUUGCCAAAUAAACCAGCAAGAGCUUCUCUCACACGACCUGGGUCUCAGCCUAUGCGACUUGGAGCUCCCACCUUGGAGGACACAGCAGGCACUUUCCCUCAGACACCAACAGGGAGUCACCUUGGGUGGCAUCUCCGUGAGAUGAGGUGGCAGCUUGUCUCUCACCCCAAGGCUGAACCUCUGGGUUCCUGCUCCCAUCUCUUGGGGUUUCAGAGGCUGGGGAUGCCCUUGGUUCAUGAGCCUCCCUGGCCAGUCCAGCCGUCUCCCUCCUGGGCACAGCAUGUGGGCUGCCAUUAGCAGGGAUUCCAGCCCUACAUCCUGUGGGCCACACACAGCCCCAGGACCAGCACACCAGGUGUGGGGUAGAAACAGGCACAACCAGGUCUGAGCUGGGUGUGGUGGGUUAGGCCUGGAAUCCCAGCAUUUGGAAGGCUGAGGCA